GUCUCUUUAAUAUACUUACACCUACCAACCCAACUUAAAUUAAACCGCAACCCACGACCAGACUCUCUUGAGAUUGCUUGGAUAAACAAAUCAACAUGGUUUUAGAUUUACCUUGUAUACCUGAAGAUGUCGGUGGAUUAAGAGACAUUACUCUGGCCAUUAAUAAUUCUCUUCCUCCUACUCCUGAUUCCUCACCUGCUGGUACAUCAAAGAAACAUAAGUUAUACGAUUUUCUGGACUUUAACGGAAAAUCGACGAAGCCGAAGAAACGUGUAUUAUUUGAUACUUCGAAAAAAUUACACAAGCCUCCCGUAUCACAUAAAAAGCCUAGCCAGCUUUGUAAAGAGUUAUUAGCUAGACAGCUUGGAGGAACACGUUCUCGCAUAAAUUAUAUUCCGUCAAAUGGCCAUGUUGGAAAUAGACUAAACUUGGAAACAUUUUAUUCUCGACCUUCAGAGUGCUUAAUGAUGCUCAAUCAGCUUCCGUUUUGUCUUGGAUACGCACAUAAUGAAUCAUUACUCGCCGUUUGUACCGAGACUGGUGCUUUAGAGUUAUUUGAUUCUAAAUACUUUGCUCGACAAAAUGAAGACAAUCAACCAUCAGCACGUCGGCUUCAUGGAUGGCUUGCUCAUAACAAUGCUAUUUUUAACGUUAAUUUUUCAAGUGAUGAUUCUUUGCUAGCCACAUCCUCUGGCGAUCAGACAGCCAAAGUGUUCGACCUUGCGACACAACAAUGCAUUACGAGACUCGGUCGUAGAGGGUUUGAAGGCUAUCAUUCUCAUUCAGUAAAACAAGUCAAUUUUUGUGACAAUUCCCCUUACAAUAUAGUUACCUGCUCUAGGGAUGGGUCACUCAUUUUUUGGGAUAUGAGAACUCACGGUAUAACUGUUGAUGGAGAACAUUAUCAGAAACCCGUCCUUAAAAUAAAAAAAGCACAUGAAAGACAAAAUAGAGACUGUUCGGUCACUUCUGCUAUUUGGUUGCCUGAUUCUACUUCUCAAGUAGUAUCUUCAUGUUCUGCAAACUCUACACUUAAACUGUGGGAUCUUCGGAAUAUCCAUACAGUUCGUCCACUUCCUCUUUCUUCUACUCCUGAAAGUAAAACGUCGAGACGUGAUUAUGGUAUCACUAGUGUUUGCGCCUCGCCUAGGGGAGAUCGUGUAUAUGCCGCUUCAAGAGAUAAUACAGUAUAUGAAUACUCUUCUCAAAAUUUAGAGUCCGGACCCUACAAAACGUAUAAUGACCCGAGAUUGCGCAUAUCAUCUUUUUAUGUAAAAAUUGCUUGCAGUCCUGACGGUUCGACUUUGGCUUGCGGAGGAGGUGUACAAGGCGAAAAUAGCGGUGCCAUACUUUUUGAUACCACUAGGAACAAUUCCUCCUCAUCUGCCAUGCUGGUAGGUGGACAUUCAAAAGAUGUAACCGCCGUAGACUGGUCAAAUGAUAAACAGCUGGCUAGCAUCUCAGAUGACGGAAGUGUGCGUGUUUGGAAUUCUUCACUACAUGGUACGGCUGCAAGUCUAAGAGAAAAGAAUUUUUCAGAAAUUUUCUAUUGGGGACACAGCGAACGCUAAAAGUUAUGUACAAGGAUUUGCUUGAAAAGAACCACUAUUAAUUCCCUUUCCUUUUUUUCCGUUAAUUAUCUGAACUGAAGUGAGUACUAUUUCAGCAUCCAUUGUUUAUGACUGAGUAUAUAGAGGUAAUGCCUGUGGGAUAUUUGAUGUUUUUAUGUUAUUUGGAUAUAAAUUAUAAAAUUAAUGAUCAAAGUAAAAUACUG